AUGUCAAAAGACUACUACGAGUACGAAGAGUACUCUCGUCGCCGACGCGACUUUUCUCCCGACAACUAUUCCGGUGGUGCCCCGGGGUCUCAGCAACAAGGCGCUCCUCCUUAUGCCUCAACCUCCCGUCUUGAUGAUCCUUACUACGGCGGCAUGCCUCCUCCUCCGCGGGAGCGCAUGACCCUCGAGCCCCCCGAGUCACAGAACCGCCCACGAUCUGUCCCACCAAACACCACCAUGGUCCGACGCAGCCGUUCUCGUUCCCGUCCUCCCUCGGAUGACGAAGACUAUGAUGACAGACGGAGCUCGCGAAACCGCUCACAAAGUCCCAUCUCCCGCGCUCGGAACGUUGUUGAUGAGAACUUCUCUCAUUCCGCCGGCGGCAUCGGCGCCGGCAUUUUAGGUGCUGUCGUUGGUGGUCUUGUCGCUCGCGAGGCGACUGAAGCUGCAACACGCCGCAAGCACAAGACCCGAGGUUACGAAGACGAGAAUGAGGACCGAACUCGUCUCGUUUCCACCAUUCUAGGCGCUGUCGCUGGUGGCCUAGGAGCCAAUGCUCUCGCCAAUAGGGUUGAGGAUUCGAGGGAGCGAGACCGACGACGCCAACUCGACUGGGAGCGUGAGCGUAGCUACGUGCGCGAGCAGGAGAUGCCCCGCUACGAGCAACGGAGAUCCAGUGACCGUGAUAGAGAGGACGACCGCCGCGAUCGUGAUCGUGACCGCGACCGGUAUGAUCGCGGCAGGGCACUACCCCAAAACGAUGAUGAUGAUUAUGACUUCGUCUACGACGAUCCGCGAUACGAAGAUCGAGAACCUAGGCGACGUAGAAGCGAGGACAACUACCGCUAUCGCCAAUAG